AUGUCAGUUAAUUAUUUUCAAGACAUGCAACCAGCAAAUGCUAAUGUAAUGCAGCAGAGAUUUAAAACGAAUGCACCACAGCAUGGUUUUUUUAAAGAUGAUCAGUUCGUAGAUUCGUUCUCAGCAAAUGCAUCUUUUGGACUUGGUUCUACACCAGCAACAUUGUCUAGACCAGCCAGUGAAAACGCAUCCUCACCACGAAAGUCGCAUGAUCCGAUGGCUAGCGCGUCUAUUGGCAUCACCGAUUUGGUUGCAAAAAUACUUAUAAGUCAUCCAUGUACAGUUUUGAGAAGGCAGUGUCAGGUUCAUCAGUUCGCCAGAUCACUUCAUCUUACGCCCUUUACUUUAAUUCCUGUCGUUUAUAAAAUAGUUAGCUGCGAAGGACUUUUGACUUUAUGGAAAGGCGUUAUUGGUUCAAGUAUUAUCAGGGGUUUAUCUAUUGCUGGAGAAAUAUUGCUGGCCGAUAUAUUUGGUUUUCCACGGCAUUAUGUAAAACAUGGAACCGUUAAGAAAUAUUUUCACCAUCUGAUAUUAAAAGCCUCAACUGCAGUUUGCAUGACUCCAUUUAUUGUUUCAGCAUUCAUCGAAACUGUCAGGAGCGAAAGUGGUCGCUACGAUGAUUUCCGUGUAAUGGAUGUAAUAAAUAAUGGAAUAAGUCGUUUGCGACUUGAUUUUAUCGGCCCAAGAGAUAACAGCAAACGUUUCUCAUUGUUCUAUCUUUUAAUACCGACAACUUGUUUAUUUACGUCGCACUAUUUGAUAACGAUCAGUAUCCAUGACUGGAUAUAUGUUUUGGCCAGACGAUAUGUUAAUCGGAAGCCGUUACAUGAGAAAACUGUUUUUGAUCAAUAUUUUCCGCAGAUAUUUGCAACUUUGACAUCACAAAUGCUUGCUGAUUUUGCACUAUACCCAUUCGAAACAGUAGUUCAUCGUCUUUAUAUUCAGGGAACACGAACAUUAAUCGAUAAUCUUGAUACUGGUGUCACGGCUAUCUCAAUAACAGCAAAAUAUGUUGGAUUUUUCGACUGUUUCAGGACAAUCAUAAAUCGAGAAAGCUUCUGGUCUCUUUAUGCGGGUGUUGGAGCACUUGGUUUACAGUAUGUCUUGCACUUAUGUUUGCUUCGCUUUAUUCGAACAAUGGUUAAAUACGGAAAUCGGGCAAUUAAUGCGCAACAACAAGAGGGUAUUGUGAUUAGCAGUACAUCAUCUCAUCAAUUGACGCCUCUGCAAUUCGAUUUAGAGACUUCUAGUAAUGCCAUGACUGAAUUAUCUGCACCUCUUACAGAGAGUAUCUCUUUUAAUUCUAGAGCAAGAUUUCCGGCUUUUGGACAAACGAUCAGUACGUUUGGACGUACUUCACCGCCACUAUUUGCUUCUUCAGCAUCAAAUAUCCCCGUGAAUUGGUCACCUGCGUUUUAUCCGGACACAAGCACCAAUGAUUAG